AUGGCUUCGGCCUCAGGCUCUGGUUUAACCCGGCGCCGAGGUGCAGGCGGCGGCGGCGGCGGAAACGACCCCAACUCCAACGGACUCGGCGACAACGACAGCACCUCCCGCGUAGCAUCCCCCGCUCCCAAAAAUCCUUCCUCCAACAACGGUCCCGAAACGUCCUAUGAAAGCGGCGAGAAUGGCCACAAAAUCGCUUUUGAUCCUCGAGAUAUCUCCGAGAAUGAAGAGCGCUCGAAGCAGCCUAAGUUGACUCUCAUGGAGGAAUGCUUGCUCAUGGGGUUGAAAGAUAAACAGGGAUAUCUGAGUUUUUGGAACGAUAAUAUCAGUUAUGCGUUGAGGGGGUGUAUUGUGAUUGAGUUGGCGUUUCGGGGGAGGAUUUCCAUGCAGAAGGAUUCGAAUCGGAGAAGGUAUCCUUUGGCGGAGAGGUUGAUUGAGGUGGUGGAUGAUACGUUGACUGGGGAGGUUCUGCUGGACGAGGCAUUGAAGAUGAUGAAAAGCUCAGAGAAGAUGAGUGUUAGUAGUUGGAUUGAUUUGAUGAGUGGAGAAACAUGGAACCUCAUGAAAAUCGGCUACCAACUCAAACAAGUCCGCGAACGCCUCGCCAAAGGCCUCGUGGAUAAGGGAAUCCUCCGCACCGAGAAACGAAACUUCCUCCUCUUCGACAUGGCGACCCACCCAGUCGUCGACGGCGGCGCCAAAGAUGAGAUCAAACGCCGCGUACGCGCUGUUUUGACCAACAGAACUGUCGUCCUCCCUCCUUCACCUUUCUUACCCGAAGGCAUGGAGUUCAGAUACUUGCGAACGGUCACAAUGCUCUGUGCUGCUUAUGCCGCGAAUGUGCUGGAGAAUGCCCUCGUCACAUUGACGCAUGAGGCGAGGGAGAGGGCUUUUGCGCAGGUUGACGAGUUGCUGGCUGAAUACUCGCAAUGGCCUUUUGGAAGGAGAGUAGGCGGGCAAGCUGCGAUUGGAGCGAACCUGGAUGGCGUGAUCAGAGAGGAGGUCAACGGUGCAAAAGACAAAGAAUUGCAAUUGGAGGUUGUGGCGGCUUGUCUGAGCGUCUUCACGAGACUGGACUCUCUACUCUAG